AUGGCUGCCAACCAGCUCCUUGUGGUUGCAGUUAUUUACAGUGUGUAUGCAGUAGCAGUCGCCAACAACCCGUGUAUCUCAGCGUGUUCAGGCCGCCCCAGCGGAGACUACCAAUCCUGCAACGGCUGCAACGUGUACGCGACGUGUGCCAACGGCAACGUGUACGACAACCGGCCCUGCGUUGCUGGCACAGUGUGGGAUGACACCCUCAAACGCAGCGAGAUGACUUCAAGCACCUGCCCCCCAAACCCCAACGGCGUCGCCGACGGUGACUACCAAUCCUGCAACGGCUGCAACGUGUACGUCAGUUGUAACGGUGGCCGCCUCUUCGACAACCGACCCUGUCCUGCUACCCUUGUGUGGGAUGACAGCCGCAAGGUCUGCGAUAGAACCUCUACAACGUGUUCUUAA